AAGAAGAGUGGUAUAGGAAGUGUUGACAAAUAUUACAGUUGAGCUUUUCACGUCAACGGAGAGCGAAUGUAAAUAUUGUUUGCAAUCAAUGCUACUGUAGUCGUUGCACCUUAGCAUAAUUUGUCAGACUUCCGGAGUCAUCUUUUAAUUUAAUAUCAUUAUUUAAUCGUACAAAUUGUUCAAUUUAUGUGAUGUCGUUUAAGUGAAUCUAGCAGUCUAGCUGUCAUCCAAGUAGGACUAACGUUAUCUCCCAGAGACAUGGCGACUUAAUUAAAUGACCCACCACACGUCUAGACACCUUCAAAUUCGGUGACAGCACAACGUAAAAUCAACGAUGUCUCAAUUUAUGGAUUCCGGAGAGAAUACGCCAUUGCUCAACGAUGAUUCUGGCAGUUUGUCCUUUCCGUCUAGUGAUGACUCCCAAAAUGAUGAAUACAAGAGUAGAUGGCGGUCAAUUCGUGUAAUGUACUUCACAAUGUUUCUAAGCAGCGUUGGUUUCACUAUUGUCAUCACGUCAGUUUGGCCGUAUCUGCAAAAGAUUGAUGACAGUGCCAAUGCUAGCUUCCUUGGCUGGGUGGUGGCGGCCUACAGCCUGGGCCAGAUGCUGGCGUCCCCCCUCUUUGGGCUCUGGUCCAAUCACAGACCCAGGAGAGAACCGUUGGCCUGCUCUAUUUUCAUCAACGUCACAGCCAACAUCUACUACUGCUACAUCUACCUACCCACAUCACAGAACAAAUACCACAUGCUCAUGUCUCGAGCUUUAGUCGGUUUUGGAGCAGGGAACGUAGCUGUUGUGAGGUCCUAUGUUGCUGGAGCCACCUCACUGAAGGAGAGAAACAGUGCUAUGGCUAACACAAGUGCCUGUCAGGCUCUGGGGUUCAUUCUGGGUCCAGCUCUCCAGGCCGGUUUGUCAUUCAUUGGUGAACAAGGUGUUAGCGUGAAGGUUAUUGACCUACAGCUGAAUAUGUACACCGCCCCAGCUCUACUGGCUGCAUUAUUUGGCGUCAUCAAUAUCCUGCUCGUCGUAUUAGUACUGAGGGAACACCAAGUUGACGACUAUGGAAGACAUAUCAGAGCCAUCAAUUAUGUGUCUGAAGAAAGAAUGGACGUCAGUCAGGAAACCGAAGGGAAUAUUGAUCGCGUUGCUGUUUUGACCUCCAACGUUCUGUUUUUCAUCAUCAUGUUCAUUUUCGCCGUCUUUGAGACCAUAGCCACACCCCUAUCUAUGGACAUGUUCUCUUGGACUAGGAAGGAUGCAGUGCUGUACAACGGUAUCAUACUGUCCUGCGUCGGCUUUGAGUCCAUCCUGGUGUUUCUACUUGUGAAGGUUCUCUCUCAAAGGAUUGGUGAUCGUCCUGUGCUCCUUGGAGGCUUGGCUAUCAUAUUCUGUGGCUUCUUUGUCCUGCUCCCAUGGGGGAACCGUUACCCUGCCAUCCAGUGGGCAGACCUCAUGAAUUACACUGUCAUCCACGAGACGUUUGCCCCAAACCCGGCGUUUGCCCCAACUCCGGUCUCCAACAGCUCCUUCGAGCCGACAGGCUGCCCUGCUGAACAGACAUGGUGCCAGUAUACCCCCGCCAUUCACCUGGCACAGUUCCUUACCGCCGACGUCCUCAUUGGAGCGGGCUACCCGGCCUGCAACGUGAUAUCCUACACGCUCUACUCCAAAAUCCUAGGGUCCAAGCCUCAGGGUGUGUACAUGGGGUGGUUGACAGCCUCUGGUAGCGGGGCCCGGACCCUGGGGCCCGUGUUCGUCUCCCAGGUGUACACAAUCCUGGGUCCACGUUGGGCUUUCAGCCUCAUCUGUGUCAUGGUGCUGGGGGCCAUACUUCUCCUGGGGGCCCUCUACCACAAACUCAUCUCCUUCGCCGUGCGUCAUGGCAGGAUCCUGGAGUAAGAAAUGUAGAUCCCACACCCAUUUUAGAGCGGGGGGUGGGACGGGACUUUUUGUCGACUUUAAUCCUAGAAGCUUUCACUAAUGAAGUUCCUGCCGGGGAUGUGGUGACAGUUUCACAAUGCCUUAUAGUUUGUCACUCAGGUUUGAUAUUGAAGAUGUUUGGUCAAGAACAAAACGGUUGGGCCAUUUAUUUUCUCCUGAGUUGAGAUGACUUCUCCAGUUGAAAAAGGAACUACUUCUUCUACCACUAAAUGUAUUGCAGUAACUACUACUUCUCUGAUUUUGUAUGGAAAAGCAUUUCAAAAUGUGCUCUAUCUCUCUCUUUUUGAAUGUGUACUUGGCUGGUUUGGGGGACCACUGAUUUAAACAUCGGUUAAUUUGUUAGUUUUUAUGUUGUAAAUGGUUUGAAUAAUGGUCACUUAGUAUUGAAAAAUAUGUACAUGCAUGUAGUUGAAGUGGCUGAUUCCAACUGAGUCACUUGUUAUUGAAAUAAUGGAAAACCUGUGAUGUGAAAUUGUGGGUAUAAACUCAGCAAAAAAAGAAACGUCCAUUUUUCAGGACCCUGUCUUUCAAAGAUAAUUCGUAAAAAUCCAAAUAACUUCACAGAUCUUCAUUGUAAAGGGUUUAAACACUGUUUCCCAUGCUUGUUCAUUGAAUCAUAAAUAAUUAAUGAACAUGUACAUGUGGAACGGUCGUUAAGACACUAACAGCUUACAGACGGUAGGCAAUUAAGGUCACAGUUCUGAAAACUUAAGACACUUACAUCGAGGCCUGUACUCUGGAGCAGGAUCGAUUGAGGUGGAGCGUCCGUCGUGGUCUGGGGCGGUGGAUCACAGCAUCAUUGGACUGAGCUUGUUGUCAUUGCAGGCAAUCUCAACGCUGUGCGUUACAGGGAAGACAUCCUUCUCCCUCAUGUGGUACCCUUCCUGCAGGCUCAUCCUGACAUGACCCUCCAGCAUGACAAUGCCACCAGCCAUGCUGCUCGUUCUGUGUGUGAUUUCCUGCAAGACAGGAAUGUCAGUGUUCUGCCAUGGCGAAGAGCCCGGAUCUCAAUCCCAUUGAGCACGUCUGGGACCUGUUGGGUCAGAGGGUGAGGGCUAGGGCCGUUCCCCCCAGAAAUGUCUGGGAACUUGCAGGUGCCUUGGUGGAAGAGGGCAGUAACAUCUCACAGCAAGAACUGGCAAAUCUGGUGCAGUCCAUGACUCCCCCCCCCUUUGUUCAGGGACACAUUAUUCAUUUUCUGUAAGACACAUGUUUGUGGAACUUGUUCAGUUUGUCUCAGUUGUUGAAUCUUAUGUUCAUACAAAUAUUUGCAUGUUAAGUUUGCUGAAAAUAAACACAGUUGACAGUGAGAGGACGGUUGUUUAUUUUUUUGCUGAUUUUAUAUUGGAUUAUGUUAUAAGAAGAGGUGCAACUCUUGCUUGUGAAUCUUAAUGCUAAUGCAUUGACAUCAUUGUUUUUUUUCAUCUAUUAAAGUAUCCAUAAUUUUUGUGAAUGUUGAAUUACAAAGAGUAUUUAGAAACAUAUUUUUUGUUAUACUAACAAGAGUCCUGCCUCUAGCGCAGACUGGUAAGAACAUUUCUACCACAUCUUGACUUUGUUGUUCUUUGAAGCAGUCUUACAUCCUGAUAAUGAUUUGCUAUCAUGAGAUUGUCAUUUUUUUUUUACUAUACAUUGAUAAUGCCUACAGUAAGAAUCCAUCAAUAAAUGCAGUCACAUAUUAAAAAGGACCUGUUGUAUUGAUUGAAAAAGGAAAGGUCUAUUAUAUUAUUCUGAGUGGCUGCGUGACCGGACUGGAUACCUCUUCCCGAUGGCCAAACAAAAAGUGUCUUGUGUACAGGGGUCGUUCUUUGUAAAGUAGGGGACCAGUGAGGAUUUCCUAAGCCGGACAACUAGUUACAGCUGUUAAGUCAUUGAUAAUAAUCAGCAAACAUUUGUUAUGUCAUUACAUUAAGAUAUAAAAGUGGGGAUCAAAAUUCACAAAGUUGAUUUAAAAAAAAAAUCUGUGUUUAAGUCUUUUAUCAUGGUUGGUGUCUUGAGAGAUUUGUCCAAAAUCGUUUGUGAUAAAUAAAUAAAUAAAAAAGUC